AUGGUAAACUUUGAGGAUUGCUCGUUCAGCAAUCCAGUCACAGUUUCGGCCAAGAAGAAUACCUACCUACAAGAUAAAGCCAAGAUAGAGCUGUCCCUUUCUUGUAACUCUGACGGCACCCUGACUCUAGAAUCCAGGGGCAGGCAGCGAACCAAAAUUUCUAAGGUAGUUGCAAGCAAGGUGGGAUUCUUGAGGGCUGAAGGAAGUGACGCCAGCGGCGUCUUGCAGAUUGCCACCCACUUGAAGAUUAUAUUCACGGACAACAAAAUCGUGGAUAGCGGCUACGACCUCCUGUCCAUUAAGUUUAAUUUUGCAGGCUUCACACCAGACAUUAAUAACAUGAAAUACUUACUGAGCGUUCUGAAGGACUUGCCAACGGACAAAUCUACUUUGCCGGGGAACCGGCAAUCCACUUCCUCAGACAUGACGACAGCCGCUGUAAACUCUGCGGUCACUAGAUUGCCCUUGGCACAAGAUCAGUCCAUCUACACCUUCUUGAUGGAGAGAAAUGUGCAAUGUGAAACGCUCCCUUCUUGCACCAUUAUGGCUGCAGACGAUGAGUCGGCCGGCUACGAUGAGAGUUGUGAGAUGAACGCACUGUAUGUCGAGCUGGCCAAUUAUGAGCCGGUGCGAUUGAGUGGAGCCAAUUCCUCACAAAACGAAGGCUAUCUCUGUGCAGAUCCUGACCCAGAUCUCAGUAACAUAGGCUUUAGACUCAUAUUUCCCAAGGCUAGCAUAGUAGAAUGCGCACAAGGAGGUGACAGAGGUUCACUCACAAAAGCCGACAGUGAUGAAGGAGAGAAUCCUUGGCUUAAGCUGGUAAGACUCGCAGAGAAUACUUCCUUCAAGGGAGCUCCAGAGUUAGUAUCGGAGUCUGGCCCUAUCUACCCUGAUCUGGAGCAGGAGCCUAGCUCUCAAGAAGAAAUGCCCGUUGAAGAUGCAUCCUUAUCGACCUCCUUGCCCGUUAGUAAUAUGGUGAGGGCUAGCAAACCAAACACUCAAGCCACCUUCAGGCAAGAGUCUAUCAAGUCAACUGAUGGUAACAAUAGUGAGCAGCAGGAACCUGACAGAGCCUUGGUGUCCUACUUCUCGAGUGGUAAGAACUUACAAUCCUUUUAUAAACAUUAG